AUGCAGCUUGCAGGGGGCUUUCGGAGCAGUAGAGCACAUAUGCUCCUGCUCAUACUUGCCUUUCUCUCUCUAGCCUCUCUGACUGUGGCAUCCACACCAACCUCAUUCUGCAAAUGUACAUGUUUCUCCAAUAGCACGAUCAUCCCUCUCGACCCCGCCAAGUCCGGAGCCUCCUCGUCUGCCCUCGACAAUGUCCUACGUUUUGACAAGCGCGCCUUUGACAACUUCAAAGCCGGGGUUGAGAUUGACGAGGAAUCUCUCUCCAAGCGCACACAGAAAUACGGAGCUCUGAGCUGCAACGACUGCAAUCGCAAGUUCUGUCUGGAUUACGAGCUACCGAUAUGCAAAGGGGCGAAGGAGGAGGAUGUCUUUACCACUUGCUUCCAGCGUGACUCGCGAAAAGACGAGGCGGUGGUGUUUAUUUUCAUCUUUGCUACGGGUGGCCUGCUGGCUUGGGCCAUCCUGAAGCCGUGGAUUGAACGAUACCUCGAGGCUGCGCGAGAGCGCCGAUCGUAUAUACCCGUUGACCCCGAGAACUGA